UGUUGUCAUUUAUAAACAUUUCUUUUUUUAAUAUAUCUGCUAUUUGAUAACUAUUUCCAUACAAAUGAACUAAGAAAAAUUUUUAAUAAAUAAUUUCCUAGAAAAGUUAACAUUAAUUUAAACGAAAUAAGAAGGCCUAAGAGUUUUCUUUUCAAACAUCAUCGAAAGAUGGAGUUUGUACAUGAAGGUUUGGCUUUGAGUGUUGAUUUACUGAUAUUGGGUUUGUGCGUUCGAGAAUAUGUUAGUUGUAAAAAACAUGUUAAUCUGCUCAGAAAAGCACCUCAAUUGCCUUUGGACAGCGAUCUUAAACGAUAUGUAGGUAAACAAAAAGAUCAGAAAGUACCAUAUGCGGUAAUCAGAGGUACGGUGACGCCAAUAGGAAUUCCAAUGCGUAGCGUUAUGUCACCAUCGGUAACUGGUGUCCUGCAAGUUAUUAAAUUAAGUGAACAUCGCGUUGCACGUGGUUUCGGUGGCUUCUGGACUGAGCAACGUAAAGUUAUUCAUGCUUCUUCCAAUGAGAUGCCUUUUGAGUUACGUAGUAAUGAAGCCGGUGUCGAAAUAAUCGAUGCUUUAUCUGCUGCUGUUCUCGAUCUGGAUGUUGUUUAUGAUAAUUAUGAGCCCUCUUCACUAUCUUUCUUCGACCACGUAUUCGGUUUUUUCUCCGGAGUACGACAAAAAGGUCUACAAACUACUGAAGAAGUAUUAAGAGAUGGUAGCUUUAUAACAGCAGUUGGUGAAUUGGAGUUGGACGGCAAAGUUUUACGUUUGCAACCUUCACCAUUGGGUCCCCUAUUUUUAACAACCGCCACAAAAUCUACAUUAAUAAAGAAAUUCGAAGAAGCCAAAUCUUCAAUGCUCUUCAAAAUAUUUGUCUGUGGCGCGAUAUCAGCCGUUUUAAUAUCGGUAAUAGGUCGUAAAUUAUAUGUGAAAAAAAAACAAGAGCGCGAUGAUCGUCGCAUACGAGAAGCUCUAGAAAAAGAGCGAAAGAAGCGACGAGCUCGCUCGAGGCCACAGAAUUUAACCCACGAUCAAUUAUGCGUUGUCUGUACAACCAAUCCAAAGGAAACCACGGUACACAAGUUGCAAUUAUAGUAACACCGUUUUGAAAUAACGCGAUUUUAAAGAACCGAAUAUUUAUAGUCUGCUGGAUUCUUUAUGAAUUGCUUUUGCACUAUUUUUCUUUUCUAGUUAAUAAAAGCAGUCUCAACCAAUUUUAAGCAGAAAGACGGAGUAGUUGUAAUUUUUGAUGAAAAUUCACUUUAUGACCAUCAGUAUUAGUUUUUGAAUAUAUUCUUGGUUUUUUUGGAUUUUACAUUUAUUUUUUUUUUUUUAGAAAAGCAGGUAACUCAACGACUUGACUUCAAUAUAAUACCGUACGUAUUGCCUCGAUUUAAAUUAUUUCUAAAGUUUCCCAAAAAACACGACUUCGAUACAACACAAAACGGGUUUCGAUAGAACGGGGUAUACAUUGCUACAUAUCUAUUGAGUUUAAAUUGUAUAUUAUUAUGUAUUGUACCUUUGUUUAAAUAAAUAAUUUAAGAAAAUUUCGUAGGUUAGGAUUUCGGCGGGCGAUGCCGGGCCAUGCAUUUACUUAUUACAAAGCUUAAUAAUCGAAAUAUUCAGAGAAUACACCGCAUGCGUGAAAAGUUCCUAGGUCACGUUGAAGAUCAAUUCAUGGAUUACUUUCGCUGAAAGUGGAAAGACGUAUGCGAGUUUCACCGUUCUCAAGACGACAAUAUUUUGCAUGAAAUCUCACGAAUCGAUCUUUAGCUGUUUCAUAGCUUACUUCAUUUUCACUACAAGCGACCUGACAUGCACGAUAGCAUACAGCGCCUUACAGCAUAUCGACGGCUUGUGAUAAACUGAAACUAAUUCGAAGUCAUAUAUAUCAGAAAUUUCGCAGUAAUCAAUUUCAGGGGAAAGAAUUUAUUAACUAAUCGAAAAGAGUUUUAUAUACAAUAUUGUAAAAAUAUAGUAAACCGACAUGUUAUGACGUUUUGUAGACAUUUUGCUAUAUAUAUAUAUAUUUUUUUUUU